AUGGCCACUUCUCAUAUAUUAUUGCUCUCUUUCCUGUUUCAUAUUCUUCUUCUCUUUUCACUUCCUUUGGAGACUGCAACUUCAGACACAGCUGAGGGAAGAGCCCUUCUCAAAUGGAAGAACACCCUUUUNAACAGCUUUACUGGAUCAAUUCCAUAUGCUAUUGCUAAUCUUUCCCAACUAGUUUUCUUGGACCUCAGUUGGAAUGGUUUUGUAAAUUUCAUACCAACAGAGAUUGGAAGAUUAACAAAUCUCCGGUUCUUGUACUUCGGAGUAAACAAUCUUUCUGGAAGUAUUCCCUCCCAAAUAAGCUAUCUUCAACACCUUACUUUCAUCUCCUUUAAUUACAAUUCUUUGAUUGGCCAAAUUCCAGAAGCAAUAUUCUCCAAUUUGAGCAACAUUCAAACUUUUGAUUGUGGAUGGAAUAUGUUCCAUGGGCCAUUUCCAACAAGUUUAGUCAGGCUAUCCAAGCUUAAACAACUUGACCUAAGUGGAAACAAUUUCUAUGGGUCAAUACCUCCUACAAUUGGAAAUCUAAGUUCACUAACCAAUCUUUAUCUUGGCUCCAACAUGUUGCAAGGGAAUAUUCCUAGAACACUUUGCAAACUUCACUUCCUUGAGGGUCUUUAUUUAUAUAACAAUACUUUGAGUGGUAUAAUUCCUCAAUGUUUGGAGAAUGUUACCUCACUGAGAUAUCUUUCUCUCUACUCUAACAUGUUGCAAGGGAAUAUUCCUAGAACACUUUGCAAACUUCACUUCCUUGAGGGUGUUUAUUUAUCUAGCAAUGCUUUGAGUGGUCAGAUUCCUCAAUGUUUGGGAAACUUAACCGCAUUGAGAUAUCUUUAUCUCUAUUCCAACAUGUUGCAAGGAAAUAUUCCUAAAGCACUUUGCAAACUUCAAUCCCUGGAGGGUGUUUAUUUUUCUAGCAAUACUUUGAGUGGUCAGAUUCCUCAAUGUUUGGGAAAUUUAACCUCACUGAGAUAUCUCUAUCUCGACUCCAACAUGUUGCAAGGAAAUAUUCCUGGAGCACUUUGCAAGUUUCAAUCACUUGAGGUUCUUUAUUUAUCAAACAAUACUUUGAGCGGUAAGAUUCCUCAAUGUUUGGAGAAUGUAACCUCACUGAGAUAUCUUUAUCUCUACACCAACAUGUUGCAAGGAAAUAUUCCUCAAACACUUUGCAACCUUCAAUCUCUUGAGGGUGUUUACUUAUCUAGAAAUGCUUUGAGUGGUCAGAUUCCUCAAUGUUUGGGAAAUUUAACCUCACUGGGAUAUCUUCAUCUUGGCUCCAACAUGUUGCAAGGAAAUAUUCCUCAAACACUUUGCAACCUUCAAUCUCUUGAGGGUGUUUACUUAUCUAGAAAUGCUUUGAGUGGUCAGAUUCCUCAAUGUUUGGGAAAUUUAACCUCACUGGGAUAUCUUCAUCUUGGCUCCAACAUGUUGCAAGGAAAUAUUCCAAGAACACUUUGCAAACUUCACUCCCUUGAGGGUGUUUAUUUAUCAAACAAUGCUUUGAGUGGUCAGAUUCCUCAAUGUUUGGGAAAUUUAACCUCACUGGGAUAUCUUCAUCUUGGCUCCAACAUGUUGCAAGGAAACAUACCUCAAACACUUUGCAAACUUCAAUCUCUUGAGGAUCUUUAUUUAUUGAACAAUACUUUGAGUGGUUUGAUUCCUCAAUGUUUGGGAAAUUUAACCUCAUUGAGAUAUCUUGAUCUCGCCUCUAAUAAGUUGCAAGGAAAUAUUCCUAGUGCACUUUGCCAACUUCACUCCCUUGAGAAUCUGUUUUUGUAUAUAAAUGCUUUGAGUGGUCAUAUUCCUCAAUGUUUGGGAAAUUUAACCUCACUAAGAUAUCUUUACCUCUACACCAACUUGCUAUUGCAAGGAAAUAUUCCUAAAACACUUUGCAAACUUCACUCCCUAGAGGGCCUUUCUUUUGAAGAAAAUAGUUUGAGCGGUUCGAUUCCUCAAUGUUUGGGAAAUGUAACCUCACUGAGGAAACUUUAUAUCCUCAGCAACAUUUUGAUGGAAGGAAGUAUUCCAGAAUCACUAUGCAAUCUUCUUUCUCUUGAGGAAAUAAAUUUAGCACAGAUUGGGUUGGAAGGUUUGAUCCCAUGGUGCUUUGGAAAUAUAUCCUCACUAAAAUAUAUUCAUCUUGGCUCCAACAAGCUGAAGGGAAGUAUUCCAGGAUCACUAUGCAAUCUUCAACAAUCUCUUGAACUGCUCAUUCUAUCCAACAACAGUUUGGAUGGCCCAAUUCCUCAAUGCCUGGGAAAAUUGAAAUUUUUGACAACUUUAAUUGUUUCUAAAAACAAGCUUGGAGGCAUGUUAGCUCCAACUUCAGUUCCUGCUAUUAGUAAUGGCACAGAUCAAACAAGAAAUUCUAGUUUGAUUUAUGGAAUGGAUACAUGGUUGUGCAGUUUAAGUUUGUUGCAAAAUCUUGAUCUAUCAGACAAUAAUUUACAUGGUUCACUGCCUCAGUGUUUAGAGAACUUCAGCAAGGAACUUGGUGUUAUUAAUUUAGCAAGAAAUCGUUUUCAGGAGUCUAUUCCAGGAGUUUGCAUAAACGGAAACAUCUUGGAGUAUUUCAAUUUGAAUGGCAAUCAAUUGGGAGGCCCAUUGCCCCGAGGUUUGAGAAAUUGCAACAAUCUUAAAUUUUUAGAUCUUGGAAACAACAAGCUUCGUGAUUCAUUCCCUCAUUGGUUAGAUACUCUUCCUGAUUUGCGUGUUCUUGUGUUGAGAUCUAAUCAUUUUUAUGGUGAAAUAUGCACUUCUAACACUACACUUCCAUUCCCAAAGCUGCAUAUAUUUGAUAUCUCACACAAUGAGUUCAGUGGUCCUUUGCCAAGGUAUUAUAUGGAGAACUUUAAAGCCAUGCAGAGUGCAAAUGAUGAAGAAAGGCUGUCAUCUUAUGAAGCUUCAAUUAGCCUAGUGUGGAAAGGGGUGGAGCUUCAAGUGGUGCAUUAUGAUAUUUGCACAAUCCUUGAUUUAUCCAACAACAGUUUCCGAGGUGAAAUUCCAAGAUAUUUAGGAAAUCUUCGUUUCAUUCGGUUUCUCAAUCUGUCGCAUAACCAUCUCACCGGCAGUAUUCCAUCAUCACUGGGAAAUGUGACCAUUCUUGAGGUAUUAGAUCUAUCGUGGAACCAAUUAGAGGGUAAGAUUCCUGAACAGAUGUCAACAUCAUUGACAUUUCUUGCUGUACUGAACCUUUCUUAUAAUAAUCUUUCUGGUCCUAUACCGCACGGCCGACAAUUUGACACAUUUAGCAACGAUUCCUAUUUGGGAAACACUGCUCUAUGUGGAUUACCACUAUCACUGAAGUGCCAGGAGAAGGGUGAAGGGCAAGCACCGGAUGAGAAGGAUUCACAUCAUUUUGGGAUUGGAUUUGGAUGGCGAAGUGUUGUUGUUGGAUACUGUUGUGGCAUGCCAUUUGGUAUUGGCAUAGGAUAUUUCAUAUUUAAGUAUGGAAAACCUCGAUGGCUUAUAAGGUUAGUGCUUGGGAACUGAGAGUGGAGUGGAGAUGCAACAAUUAAGAAGGAGCAGGCUGAUGAGGAAUUUCAGCAACCUUGAAGCAAUGAAUAUAUAUUAUCUCUUAUUAUAUGGUUGUGGUUUUCAUUGUCUUUUUCUACCGUUUUUUCUGUUGGGUUUGUUGUGGUAUUGUUAUGUGAUUUUAGUGUUUGGUUUGUAAUUCUUAUCAAUUAUCAGUUUAAAGUAUCUCUUGUCAA